AUAAAACCCAACUUGUGCUUGGUUCAUUGAAUAUAAACCUCUUUCCUUUCCUCCACAUUUUAAAAAUUGCUGUCCAAUUUAUAAAACCCAAAAUAUUAUUGAUGAAAAUGGCCCACAGGCCCCACCUUUGACAGCAGAAGAUAAUAACCCAUCUUCCCCACACAGACCUCACUCCAUUUCACACACACACACAAUUACAUUCAUUGUAUUGUGUUUUGCAAUCUCCACCCACCACCCUUCAUCCCUCUUUUUUUUGCCCUAUUCUAAAUAGGGUUUCUUUUUUGCUGUUUCAGUUUUUUCCUUCAUGAAUUCUUGCCUUUAAUUCUUAAAUUUUUUUUUUCUGGGUGGGUUUUGCUCAUGCAUUCACUGCUUAUUGAUGCUCUGUUGAUUGUGUUCUGCUUCGCUUUUUUUGCUCUCACAAGAAGAGGGUUUUUUGUUGUUGGGUUUCCUCAGUUGCAGCUUCUCCAAUCCUGCUCAAGAUGUCUCAAGUGUUUGAUUUCAGUGGUGACAGUGAGUUUUUCAUGGGUGGUUCAAUGUACCCGAAUCCCAAGGAUUCAAGUCUGCUUUUGUCCCUUGGACAUCACGUCGGGGUUUAUUUCCCUCCUUCUAAGAGGUCUCGUGUCAAUGCUCCUUUUGUUUUCCGUGAAGGAAGGUUUGUGCAGAAGCGUCCCUCCAUUGAUGUUCUCCCCGAUGAAUGCCUCUUUGAGGUGUUCCGUCGUUUGCCCGGGGGUCAAGAGAAAAGUGCCUGCGCCUGCGUUUCCAAGCGGUGGCUUACACUGUUAAGCAGCAUCCGCGCGGAUGAGAUAUGCUCCAACACAGGGGACGUGAAAUCUGCUGAAUCUGAGGUUGUUCCUGUUGUCCAGAAGCCAUCUGAGAUUGUUGAUCUCAAAAAGGAGGAUGAAUCCGUUGAUGUUAGUCUUGAUGUGAUUGCUGAUGAUGGUGCGAUGAUGGAUGAUGGACAUCUUUCCAGGUGUCUGGAAGGAAAGAAGGCUACAGAUGUCAGACUUGCUGCAAUUGCGAUUGGAAUUGCAAGGCGUGGUGGAUUGGGCGAGCUCUCCAUCCGAGGAAGCAACACUAGACGUGGGGUGACUGAUUUUGGUCUCAAGGCCAUUGCUCAUGGUUGCCCUUCCUUAAGAGACCUGUCUUUGUGGAACUUAUCUGCUAUAAGUGAUGAAGGAUUGAUUGCUAUUGCUAAUGAAUGUCAUCGUUUGGAGAAGCUUGACCUUUGCGAAUGUCCUGCUGUCACCGACAAAGCGUUAUUGGCUAUUGCUCAGAACUGCCCCAAUCUGACAUCAUUGAACAUAGAAUCUUGUGCAAACAUUGGCAAUGGUAGCUUGGAGGCUGUUGCUCGUUUUUGCCACAACUUAAAGUCCAUCGCAAUCAAGAACUGUGCCCGUGUUGGGGAUAAUGGCGUUGCAAGUCUCUUUUUAAAGCCUGAUGGUAAUGUGCUGACAAAGGCAAGGUUCGAGUCGUUGAGCAUUAGUGAUAUGUCACUUGCAGUUAUUGGGCGAUAUGGCAAUGCUUUAUCUGACUUGUCUCUUGUAAAUCUCCAAAAUGUGAAUGAGAGGGGCUUCUGGGUGAUGGGUAAUUGUCGGGGCCUAUCGAACUUGAGAUCUAUCUCGGUGACUGCUUGCCAAGGGUUCACUGAUGUAGGCUUAGAAGCUGUAGCUAAAGGUAGUCCAAGCCUGAAGCGUGUCAGUCUCCAGAAGUGUGCAUUUGUGUCAGAUAAUGGACUGGCCUCGUUCGCCAAAGCUGCAGCUUCAGUUGAGGUCCUUCAGUUGGAUGAGUGCCACAGGAUUAGCCCAGCUGGAUUUCUGGGUUUGCUCCUUCAAUGUGGUAAAAAGAUGAAGUCUCUUUCAGUAGCCAAUUGCUUGGGGUUUAAGGACUUACCCCUCGGGUUGGACUACAAUUUGGCCCCCUGCUCCUCCCUAAAGUCUUUAUGUGUCCGUAACUGCCCGGGAUUUGGCAAUGGAUGUCUUUCAGUGCUGGCUAAACUUUGCCCAAAUCUUGAACACGUAGAGCUCACUGGACUGGGAGAUGUAACUGACGAAGGGAUUCUUCCCCUUGUGGAGAACUCUGAGGCCGGUUUUGUUAAGGUGAAUCUGAGUGGCUGCAUGCAGUUGACUGACAAAGUUACGUCAGCCAUAGCCAAGCAUCAUGGUGGCACACUUGAAGAGUUGAAUCUUGACGGCUGCAAAAGCAUGACUGAUGCAAGCUUGUUUGCCAUUUCAGAGCACUGCUGUUUGCUUCAUGAACUUGGUGUCGCCAGUACCAAAAUCACGGAUAAAGGUAUCGCAGCUCUUGCCGAAGCCGUGCAGCUCAGUUUGCAGGUCCUAUCUCUUUCAGGUUGCAUUUGCUUGUCAAACAGAAGCCUGCCUUCUCUAAAAAAGCUGGGACAAAAUUUGGUCGGUUUGAACAUCAAACACUGCCGUCGUUUAAGUUCUAACGCUGUUGGUUUACUCUCGGAGAUCCUGUUUAAAUGUGAUAUCCUCUUCUAGUCAGCCACAAGUGUCGUCAUAGACCAUGGUGGUUGAAAUAAUUCUGAAGUCGGUGAAGGUGGACGCGUACAAGUAGAGAAUGUUUUACCAAUUUCCGUAGCUUUAGUUUUGAGUCUUCCAUUGAUAGGUCUUUCCUGAUCCAGUUCCUUUAGCCCUUUCCCCCUUCCCUUUUUCCAGUAAAAAAUGGCCAGCCAAACCCCCUCCUUUUUUUUGCAGCUUUUCCUUGUAAGGGAAAAGCUGUUUCAAGGAUUUUGGACCCCCAUCCCUUAAAUUUGGGUGAGUGUCUUUCUCUGGUGGGACCAUUUCUUUUACUGAGAGACUUAUACAGUGCUGAAGUUCGGGAUCAAACUGAGAUUCUUUUGGUGGAUUUGUGUUUAUGAUGGUGUUUUAGCUACCCUAACCUAAAGCAUUACUUGAACCUUUCCAUCAUUUAAUGCCCUAGGUUAAACAAGCUCCCGUUGCGUCCAUCUGUCUGUUUGUCUUUCGUUUUAUUUCCUGUCCCGUUUGUUUCAGCUUUUCUCUGAGUGUUCCGCGUCGGUUGGUGGGUGAGCUUGGAAGGAUCCUGGAAAAUGAAACUCUUUUGGGCGGUGGUUAUAGUGCUUUAUGGGGCUGUUCUUUCUGUAGGAUGGUCGUUGUUGCCUCGCGCAUCGAGGGCUUUGGCCAUGGCGGUAGCCUUUGUGGUGCUGCCAUGACAACUCUUGGUUUUUGUGAUCAAAGAGUUGUUUUUUUGGAUGUAUUUUACCAAGCCCUAGUUUUGCCGAGGUUUCUCUUUAGUUAGUUUUUGAACUGCCCCUUUUGCUGCUUUGACCACUGCCAGGAUGAUGAUAUUGAUCUGAUGUAAUAGUUUUAUGUUCUUAGCUCACUUAUGUUUCCAGCUGUUGUUAUAAAUAAAUAAAAUGGUUUUUGUGUAUUUUGC